UUGACAUGUCCCCCCACUUAUCUCCUGAUUUCCAUCCAAAUUAAUCACCGCCUUGCAAUUACGGUAGUUUCUUCCGAUCUUUCUCCGAUCUCCUUCUUUUUUCGAUAUUCUCCUUCCUUUUAAAUCAAAACCCCUAACCUUACAGCCAGGAAAGAUGAUUUGUUCACCGCUUUCUAUUGAGGACUUUGGAGCAGCGGCGAGGGACAAAGGAGCAACCAGUCAAGAUCGGAGCGAGGUAGCUUUUAUGACAGGGAGGGACGCAGGAAAGACGUCAGUGGAUGGGAAACUGAAGACGAAAGCGGAGAAGCCCGAUGGCAGUGGCAAACAUCAGUCAGCGGUGAAGAAGGGACAUUCUGAAGACAAUAUCGUUGAGGUUUCAGUGGGAACAAGGGGGAAGAAGAACAAAUAGGUGAAGAAAUCAGAAGGGUUGAUUGAGAGACCAAGUAGAGGAAAGCCCAGCCAAGUCCAAGGAGGUAUGCGGAAGAUGGUACCAGAUUCAUGUAAAGCAGAGGAGGUUGUAGUGUAGGGGAGGGUGGGGGACUCUCUUCAUCUCCCAUAUGAAGAGUCCUGGUGAUGGUAAGUUGUUCGCUGUAUUUUAGACUUUUGAGUUUGGAUUAUUGUGAGGGGCAGCCUUCUAAGAUGUUAAUGGCUGGGAGUUGGAGAAAGAACAGUCUCCUUUAUCUGGACUGAGGCGAUCUGUUGCCAAAGUAGAGACCCCAUUGGCUUUGGGUUUCAGCAUUGAUGAAGGAACUGUAAAAUUGAUAAGAAAAAAUUAUUAUUUUAUCAUAUUUAUUAUUGUUAAUGGUCUACAAUUUACGUGUUCGAUAUUUGGGUUUGGCAAAGUAGAACAAUGAAGC